UGUCGUCUUCUUCCACCAGAUAUUUCAAUCACCAUCUAACUCGAUACUAAUUCUAGUAGCCGACAAAGUCAAUGGCCGCAACAGCGUUGCAUCUUCCUGUCGGCCAUCAAAAUUUAUUAAAACAAGCAGUCAGUCUCCUUAAACCCACAAUCCAUUUUCAUUUUUCAUUCUUCUUUGUUCAUCAAUCAAAUAUUUGAUCACUAAAUCAGGGGAAAUCUGUGCUCAAUGUCAUUCUCAUUCCCAACAGAGGGUGCAGUCUCUCGCUGCUGGGAUGGCAUUGUUGGACAAGCAAGUUACAUAUGUAAGCUUGAAGAUAAUCUUGAAGCUCUGAAGAGGGAAUUGGCGAAACUGAAUGCGCGAAUGGCUGACGUGAAGAAGAAGGUAGACCUUGCCGAGCAACAACAUAUGGAGCGGCUCAACGAAGUUCAACUCUGGCUUUCAAGCGUGCAGACUGUUUUACUGGCUGCUUUUCCAAGAAGUAUAACCCUGCAAUCAGACUCAGUGGUCAUUGUCAGAUUAUUCCAGAGCUCAGGGUCGCAAGACAUCAAGUAUAUUAUCAUAUCCAAACCAAAAAGAAACAAGUUGUAAAUUAAAAUUUUCACUUUACAAAGUUUAUUAAGGGGAUAAAAAUACUGGG